CGACCACCACACCCUCGGAGGGUAUCGGCGAAAUCUAACCCGACGUUCGUCCCAGCCGCGCAUCAGAGCAGGAGGAAAUGUGAGUGCUUCGAUCUGCACAACGAGCUCGUUCCCUACGGGGAGGCAUGGGCGUGGCAGAAGGACAUAGUCAGGAAGAAGAAGGCCCUGAUUGAGAACGACCAGGAUUGCCCGGACACUCUGAUAGCGCUGCAGCACCACCCCGUGUACAUUGGGACGCGGAGCUCGGAGGAGUUCCUCCGUUUCGACCCGAAGGCUGCUCCUUGCGAUGUUUAUCGGACCGAACGAGGGGGAGAGGUCACAUACCACGGGCCCGGUCAGCUUGUUAUGUACCCUAUUAUCAAUCUCCGAAAUCACAAGAUGGAUCUGCAUUGGUACCUCAGGUCACUUGAGGACGUGGUCAUUCGCACUCUUCUCUCGACAUUCUCCAUCAGGGCUUCUCGGCUCCAGGGUUUCACUGGUGUCUGGGUUGGAGAUCAGAAAUUGGCAGCAAUUGGGAUCCGCGUAUCUAGUUGGAUAACUUAUCAUGGUUUGGCUCUGAACGUCACCACAGAUCUGACUCCCUUUCAGCGGAUUGUUCCGUGUGGGAUACAAGACCGAGGAGUUGGAAGCUUAAAGGGCCUUCUGAAGGAGAAUUCACAAUCUGAGCAAAGGGGGGCACCUUCAGAUGAUGGUGAACUGAUUCAUAUUACCUAUAAUUCUCUGAUUAGAGAAUUUUCAGAAGUUUUUCAGCUCGAAGUUUGUCAGAGAUCCGCCUCCUCAUCAAGCAUGUUAAAGAAAGAAGCACAACUCAGUUAACUAGGGAAAGCGUUGCUCUGUAUUAAUUUUAUGGGAUAUUCUGGUAAACCUCUUCGGUGCUGAAUAG